GCGGCGCUACGGCGGCCGCGUCUCCCCUCACCUCAGGCCGCCAUGUCGGGCCCGGUCGCCCCCCGGCCUCUCCGCGGGAAGUCCUUCUACCUCGACCUGCCCAGCGGGAGGGGUGCGCGGGAGCUGGCGGCCGCCAUCGGGCGGCUCGGCGGGGUGACUGAAAGCUUCCUGAGCAAAGAAGUCAGCUACGUGGUUUCCAGCAACAAAGAAGCUAAGCGAGACCAAGCCAGGGCUCGGACUGAGAAGCAGAGCAACGUAACUUCAGAAGAUGCAAAAUGCACGAGCCCAGUGCCCUCUACCUCCAAAGGGAACCGUACGAGGCCUCACCACAAGCCACCAGACACAGCCCUGAUCAGCAGGGGAAAGGAGCUGCUGCAGAAGGCCAUGAAGAAUCAGGACACCUGCAGUGGCAGCAGUAUCCUCGCCAACGCUCGCCUGUGGGGAGUCCAGAUCCUGCACGUGGAUGAAAUGUUGUCGUACGCCCAGCAGCUGCUGCGCGCCGUCUCGGGAGCCAGGAAACGGGGGCAGAAGACAGAGGUGAAAUCCCUUGCGUCCGGAUCAAAAAUUCACAGAGCAGGAAAACUGAAGCCCCCUUUUCUGAAGGUUGAAGACCAGAGCAGGCAAUUCCGGCCCUUCCAUCACCAGUUCAAAACCUUUCCCGACCUGAACUUCCUGGCACCCAAAAGCUCCAGCCCGUUUGAGCCUCUGAAAAACCUCUCGAACUCUUGCAGAGCCAGGGGUGCAGAGGGCUGUCCUGUGCCCAGCGACGGGGAGAAGAGCCCCCGAUCCACGCCGGUCACCCUGCCAAAAAAGAAGAGAGGAUUUUGUGAGUGCUGCCAAGAGACCUUCGAAGAGCUGCAGAAGCAUCUCCAGAGCCCCCGGCACAAGCGGUUUGCGCUGGACGACUCGCAGUACGCUCCUGUGGAUCGUGUCAUCUCCCAGCUCACCAACAGCUUUGUGGAGCACUCAGCUGAGGCGCCGAGGUCCUGCCUGACAGAUGAACGCUCGGUGCCUCGAGCACAAGUCACUGGAGGAAUUGAGAUUCUGACAGCAGAGCUGGGAAAGGAGUGGCAGCGGCCUGAGCAGGGAGCUGUGGAACCGGUAAUUGAUGUGGAGCACGAUUGUGGCCUGAAGACCAAGGGCUGCUCCCCUUGCUGGCUCAGGGUCAGUGAUCCCAGAGAAGGAGGAGGGCCAUUGGAUGGCUCUGGGGGGCUGCCUGCUGGGGCAGGACUUACUGGAGGGCUCUGUGCCAUGCGUGGCUCUGUGGAGGAAUCUGUGGUGGGGGACACAGACUCGGGCUUGGCUCCUGGCCCGGCUGCAGUGGCCACUUGUGCUGUUGCUUCUUCAUCUGAACCUCACAAACUGCAAACACUCGGGUCUAUCGACCAUCCUCUGCAAACGCUGCCUGCCUGCAGGAAACGCCAGCUCUCAGCAGAGAGCAGCCAGGUGGAGAAGAAGCCCAGGCUGGAGCUGGGUGGUGGCCUCUCCCCACACAGGAGCCCCACGGAUGGUGGGACGGGGGUGCAGGGCGCAGGACCAAUGUCUGAGCCAGGCCUGCCUGGCACGGUGGAACCUGACAGCUUGCCCCGAAGCACAGAGCUCUGCAGCAGACCUCGCAGCUCCCUUGGUCUGGAGCUGUGCCCGUGUGGAGACCUUGGGGACCCCGCGUCACCGUCAGGUCCCCUUGAAGCUGCCUCUGUGGGGUUUGGUCCCCCAGAGGCUGCUGUCAGCGAGCAGGGCCGGAGCGGAGCCAACGCCAGUUCCCAGGGGAAGCAGCUCAUGGGGGAGAACGAAAACACACCCAGAAACGUGGAUAGUCCUCAUCUGGAGAGCACAAUGAGCAGCUGUCCUGCUGGCCACUUGCCUUCUCCAAAACUGCCUGUGGCUGAAGCCAGAUGUUCCUGCUCACUCGGUGUCACAACAGCAGAAAAAAUAGCCCCUGAACGACCCGACCUCCUGGGCCGCGGCCGAGAGCGGGCUCCGAGCGCCGGGCUCCUCCAGCCCCUCCCGCAGAAGGCACGGGUUGACCACAACUUCAGCAAAAGCUCUUCUGAGUCAAACUGGGAUGUCCAGCUCCUCUCCACGCUAACGGGUGGCCAGGAGGGCAGGAUGCAGCCUGUGGACAGGGACUUGCUCCAAAGGACACAUGUCAACCUGAGGGACAGUGGGUACGAGUCUCAGCUCUGCUCGGUCCUGAGGCAGGAGUCGGAGCUUGGCUGGGCAGGCAAAGAGGACAAGAACUGCCGGAACUGCUGCACGGAGACCCAAGGAGCCUCUUUCCCCACGUUUGAGACCUGUUUUGGCAGCUGGACUAGUUAAACCCACCUCCUGGGCUGUUCUCUGGGCCCUGAGAGGGAGCUGGGAAGUGCUUGGAAGGGAAUUUAAGGAGCCACCCUCCCUGUCAGGACCAGGAGGUACAGCCGGGAGCCGGAGUGGGGACCCUCGGCUGCACGGUGGUCUCCAGACAACCUGGGCAGGUCUCUCUUGGGAACUGCUGGGUGAUGUGGUGGUUUCACUGUCCUCGGGUCCACCAGGGGCUGGGGUCUUCCCUGCUCUCUGCUGGUAACGUUCAGAGCCGAGAGCUUCCUUCUUUAUCUCCUCACUGGGCUGCUGACGUGGGCUUUCUCUGGAAGCACCUUCAGCAGGACUGUGCUCUUUGCCCUUCCAGCCUGAGAGCGUGGCCUGAUCCUCCUCUCCCUGGUGGGGCAGAUGGUGGAGGGGAGGGCCCUGGGGCUGAGACCUGUGUUCUUCACAUGGUUUGGGGGGUUGUUGGACAUCCUUGAGUAUUUACAGAUGUUUGUAACUGGUACUAAACUAUUGGUUUUUAGCAAACUUUUAAUUUUUGAAAUAAAAUGGAA